AUGGAAAAACCUGAGUGGUCUGAAUUACCUGGAGACCUCAUCAAUUUAACCGCAAACCGUUUCUCCUCCAUUAGUGACGUCCUCCGUGUACGUAGCAUCUGUAAACCCUGGCGUUCGGCGGCUGCGACACCGAAGAGCUUUCAAUGCAACCUUCCUUCCUCCAACAAGAUGAUAGAGACUGUUCUCUCUCCCACCACUUUCUUCCGUGUAACUGGCCCUUCUUCAUGUUCUUACAAAGGAUGGCUGAUCAGAACCAAACAAGUCUCUGAAUCCAGUAAGAUUAAUCUCUUGUCUCCUUUCUUUCGCCAGCUCCUAACCCCUUCACAACAAACCCUAGACCUUUUGAAAUUUGAGGUUUCAGAGAUUCGCCAAUCUUACGAGAUUCAUAUAUUUGAUAAGUAUUUAAUACAAGGCGUGAUAGGUAAAGAAGGACCAUCACAUAUAUUGUCUAGAGUUGUUUUCCUAGACAAUCUGAUUUUCGCAGUCGGACAGGAUGACAAAAUCUGGUGCUGCAAGAGUGGAGAAGAGAGUAGUAGAAUAUGGACAAAAAUCAAAAACCAAGUUGAAGAUUUCUUGGACAUUAUACUUCAUAAAGGACAAGUCUAUGCCUUAGACCUAACCGGCGCAAUUUGGUGGAUUAGUUUAUCACCGCUCAGCCUCCUUCAAUUCACACCUUCAAUUCCAAUGGACUACGACGGAUAUGAUAGUUGCAACAAGAGACUCGUUGAGUAUUGUGGAGAUCUAUGCAUUAUUCAUCAACUUCGCUUAAAGAAAGCUUAUAUCCGAAGGAGUCAAAGGACAGUUGGUUUUAAGGUUUAUAAGAUGGACGAGUAUGUGGCAAAAUGGGUUGAGGUUAGGUCCUUGGGAGACAAGGCACUCAUUGUGGCUAGGGACAGUUGUUUUACUGUUGUAGCCUCCGAGUACCAUGGAUGUUUGAACAAUUCUAUCUACUUCGUUGAUAAUGUGCGAAAGAGUGUGAUAAGAAUGAAACUAUGAAUUUCUCUUUCUUAUCCUUAAAAUCCCAAUUACAAUGAAACAAACCCUAAAUCGAUAAGCUUGGAGUUACAGUUCUCCAAUCUUAUCUCCCAAGAACAGAGCACAUAAAGCUCUAAUCCUCUUUACACAUCAAUGAUCACGCAGGAUGCUUUUCUCUCUACUCUCUCUUACUAUUUAUAAUCUUCUUCACACGUGACUCCAAUCUCUCACUUCAGUUCUCACACGUGCCAACUUCUCAUGAACGUAUCAGAGUGGCGCAGAAGCUGAUCAAUUUAUCAAGCAUGAUGAUGAGAGUUCCGAGUACCAUGGACUUUUGAAGAAUUAUAUCUACUUCGAUGAUAAUGAUGGAGAAUAUUGUAAUGAUGGAAUGAAUGAUGAAGCUGUUAAGAUGUUCAAGCUUGGUGAUGGUAGUAUCAUCGAUAGUACUGAGUUUUCUUCUCAUAGUUGUUUUCACAUGUUCUUUCCUCCGUUCCUCUAA